AUGUCUGCUUCGGCCACCGGCGAGCCUGCAGUGAAAAAGAAGCAAGUUCGUUUCGCCAGAAUGGAGGAGGACGAUGAUAACGAUGACCAAGAUGAGGACACACUGUUUGACAAACGGAAGGAUGCGAGAAGAGGUGUAAAGAGUGUCCUGAAGGGGGGCAGAAAGCUGGUGAACUCAGGAUCCGACCGGGUCACAGUCCGAGGAGGAGGUUCAAGCGGUCCUGAAGGAUGCAGUCGCUGGCUAAUCACCUUGGCGCUAUGUGGCUCUUUUCUCGGACUGGGGAUGAGCAUCUCUGUUCUGGGCCCCACGUUUGAGGACCUGGCCAUCAACGUCAGACAGAACAUCAGCAACAUCUCCUACAUAUUCGUGGGACGCUCUAUGGGAUACAUCGGAGGAUCUGUGCUGGCUGGGGUCCUCUUUGAUUAUAUGAACCACCACCUGCUGUUAGGAUUCUCAAUGCUGGUCACCGCUUUUGGGAUGUGUGCGAUUCCGUUCUGUAAAAAGGCCAUCCUGCUCACAGCUCUAAUGUCUAGCGUCGGCGUGUCCAUGGGCGUUUUGGACACAGGUGGCAACGUGCUCAUCCUUAACACUUGGGGGGACCAAGCGGGGCCCCAUAUGCAGGCCCUGCACUUCAGCUUCGCCGCUGGGGCCUUCGUUUCGCCCAUCAUCUCCAAGCUGGUGUUCGGGGAUGGUUACCACUCUGCCGCGAACGCGACCGCGGAAGCCAGCACGGAAUUCUCCCCACCGCACAUAAACCGGUCGACCAGGGCCCUUGGGACGGUCGCUCGGUUCCCCCACAGCAAGAGCAGCUCCCUCAAGUCCAUGUGGGCCUACAUCGUGAUCGGGGUCUUCAUCCUGGUGGUCUCCCUCCUCUUCUUCCUCCUGUAUUCGCGUGGCAGCCCGUCCCGCGAGAGGGCCAGGGCGGCCUCGGGGAAGCCCCUGGUGGCCAAGCACCACAACGUCCUGAUCCUCCUGCUCUUCUUCUUCUUCUUCUGGUACGUGGGCGCCGAGGUGGCCUACGGCUCCUUCAUCUUCACCUUCGCCAAGGACUUCGCGAGCAUGGACCAGACCCAGGCGGCCGGGCUCAACUCCCUCUUCUGGGGGACCUUCGCGGCGGGCAGGGGCCUGGCCAUCUUCUUCGCGGCCUGCAUGUACCCGGGCAGCAUGAUCCUGCUGAGCCUUGUGGGAUGCACGCUGUCCUCCCUGCUGCUAACCCUCUUCAGCUGGAGCUGGGUGGCCCUGUGGAGCUGCACCGCCCUCUACGGCAUCUCCAUGGCCAGCACCUUCCCCAGCGGCAUCUCCUGGGUGGAGCAGUACACCACGGUGACGGGGCGGUCGGCAGCGGUGUUCGUGGUGGGCGCGGCGCUGGGCGAGAUGGUCCUGCCGGCGCUGGUGGGGUUCCUGCUGGGCAGGACGAAGGAGCACCCGGUGCUGAUGUACCUGUGCCUGGUUACGGCCACCGUCACCUCCAUCCUCUUCCCCGUCAUGUACAAGCUGGCCUCGUCGCCCUCGUCUGCUGGGCCCGGCAAGAAGCUCCGCGACCGGGGGAAGCGCGAGUCCGACGACAGCGAGUACCGCCAAGCGCUGCUGGACUCGGGCGCCAACGAGGACGAGGAGGAGGAGGAGGAGGGGGAGGGGGAAGGGGAAGGGGAGCGGGGAGGGGACAGAGGGGCGGAGGGGGACGAGGCGGACCAGUGGAACGACGCGGACUUUGAGGUCAUAGAAAUGGAGGACGCCGGCCUUUUGAACUCGCCCAACAAGGUUCUCCUGCCCGCUGCCGUCGCCGGGACCUCGGGGGACGACCCCCCCGCUGUCGUCACGGCCACCGCCGCCACGGUCAACUCCGAGCCGCCCUCCGAGCCCGACGGCCCGUCCUCGCUCUCCGAUGACACCGUCACCCUGCUGGGGGACUCGCCUCGUAAGAAACUGCUCAUCGCUCUGAACAGAGAAAAGAGAGACUGAGCGCCACUGUGUGGCGAAAAGGACUCCCUAAAUCAUGUGACCCAGAAAUGUCUAUUUAAGAGCAGCUUUGCUAUUGGAACAACACCUGGAUUCUGUUAUUAGCCUUUAAACCACACCUAAGGCGGUGUUCAUCAUCUCGACCUGCAUGCCUUCAUGCUUCAGACAGCAUCCAUUGUCCAGCUUGAUACUAGACAUGUAACUUAAUUACCUGCAAUUAUUCACAAGCGCUUUCGAUUGGGGUGCACCCUAGGUACACCCGUUAGUUACUUGAUUUGUAACAUUAGUUGUUUGUUAAUAGCACAUGCGUCAUUUAUCCUGAUUUUACUGUAAUUCCGGAAGGAAGCAGUUAUGAUUUGGUUUUUGGCUUAAAGAGAAGUUGUGGUCAAUACCGGGAGCCUGAUAUCUUGUGAAACAUGCAUUGAAUAUUUCUCCCUUGAUCCCAAAGCACUGCUUGAGCCCCACAGCCAAACAUCCUUUCUGUUGACGCAUCUAGUACAUCCGUAGCUCCAAGGCUGAACUGAGUGGUAAAACUGACCAGUUCAGCAAUGCUAGUAUUUUAUUUUAUUUUCUAUGGACUGAAUGUCGUUAAGGGAUAGUUCUGGAAGAAGCCAAAGUGUCACAGAAUCCAAGUUCUGCUCUGAGAGUUGAAGCCGACCUGCGUUGCAGUUGUAACAGCAGCAUCAAAAAACUUUGUUCUGGAGUCACGUAUUGAUUUUGGAAGUAUGUCAGUCUUGAGUGUAUUUAUUUAGCAAAUACACAUUGUACAACUUAAUAGAUUUGAGAUAACGGAUGUUUGAUUUCAGUCUUUAGUACUACUAACAAGUAGGCAUCCCUGGAAUCACGUGACUAUAAAUCAUCUAUCUCUGGGUACAUCCCUGAAAUAAAUUGCUACUUAUUUUCCAUGUUCAAAACAGUUUCUUCAUCAGAAAUAAAUGAUCACACAAAAGCAUAAAAUUAAGUUGCCAUUGUGGCCUGAAUUAGAUUUUUUUUGCAAAUUGUGAGUGAAUUGAAGAUUAGAAUUUGUUGCAGAUUUUUGAAAAAAAUUGUGGUUUGUGUAAAUAUUAAACAUUGUGGUACCGUAUGUAGUGUUGUGCGGUGAAAGACUUAGUUAUUGUAGUAUAUUCUGAUAUAUAUUUAAGUUAUGAUGUCAUGACUUUGUUGAAUUUAAGUUUUUUGAACAUUUCUAAAAUCUUUUCAUAAAUCCAUGAGCAUACAAGUUGCUUAAAGUGAUGAAAAACCUUUUUUUUUUUUAACGGAAUCACGAUUAAACUCAUGACACAGAAUACAGUGAACGCCUAGUAAAAAUGUCCACUGUUGUACAAUAUACUAUCCAGUUUGUGAAAUCCAGUUUAUCGAAUGGAAGAGCAUGUUCAUUUCGUCUUAAUGUGUCAUUUUUUCACUACGAAACCAGUAAAAUGCAAAAAUGUGCCCAGAAGGCACGAAAGCAGCCCUG